AAUAACCUCCUGAUACAAUUUCAGCACUUAAUUAUACAGUAGGAGUAAUAUUUACAACUGAAAUUGCUGUUUCCAUUUGAAGAGUGAUUUCGAUGCUUCUUAGGCUUGUCUCUCCCAUUUCAGCACUUCUUUCCAACUCAAGGAGCAACUAUCCGGCAAAUUGUAUCCACUCGAAAAUGGGCAGUGAAAGCAAGAGUUUGAUCGAGAACAAGAAAAGUGCUAAUUACAGACUUGCCAAUAUUUCAGGAUUUAAGACGGAUUUAUUGGAGAUUAAUAGCAAUGAGCCUAAGUUACAUGUGUUGUUAAUCCCAGGCAACCCAGGUGUUGUGUCAUUUUACACAGAAUUUUUGGAGUCAUUGUAUGAGCUAUUGGGAGGGACUGCCUCUGUCACAGGUAUUAGCCACAUAUCGCAGUCGAAAAAGGAUUGGGAGUCUCGAAGGUUGUUCUCGUUAGAAGAACAAAUUGAUCACAAGAUAAGCUUUAUUGAGCAGGAACUUCAAGAUGUUGAUAUACCUAUAAUACUGGUUGGCCAUUCCAUUGGUUCGUAUAUAUCUCUUGAAGUACUUAAGAGAUGUCACAGGAAGGUUACAUAUUGCAUUGGUUUGUACCCUUUUUUGGCUGUGAACACUGCAUCCUCAACACAGACAUUCAUUAGAAGACUUGCAAUGUCUCCAGCUCUAUGCACUGCAGCUAGUGCCAUCGGGGCCUUGUUUGGAGCCCUCCCAUCGGAGCUCACAGGAUUCCUUGUAAAAAUAUCCGUUGGGAAGUCAUGGUCUUCUUCCGCUGUUGAGGCUCUAUGCACACACGUUCUGAAGUAUCAUACGCUACGAAAUGUGCUGUAUAUGGCAAUGACCGAAUUUCAGACACUACCAGAAAAACCAGAUUUGGAAUUCAUCACGAGCAAAAGAAGCCAGAUUGCUUUUCUUUUUGGCCUCGAUGAUCACUGGGGUCCUUUACAAUUUUAUGAAGAGAUGAAAAAACAAGUACCCGAUGCAAGUCUUGACGUUGAACGCGAGGGUCAUACUCACGCUUUCUCCUGCACUGCAGCUGGCUCGAUAUGGGUUGCUCAGCACGUCUCGAGUUUGAUCAGGAACCACACACAACUUGCAAAAAGCAGUUGACAUCGGCCUACAGGUUGUUUGUCUUGACAAUGAGAGUUCAGAGAUUUGGUGUUUUGCUAAUGGUUUGAAAUAAUUGGUGCAGAGAGAGAGAGGAGAGGAAGACAACAACACCAAGUGUUUCCAUCACUAGUAUUGUUGCUGUCAAAUGAUAGUUACUGCACAAUUUGAAUUCCAAACCUAUUUCAUUUGUAGCAGGAAAAUUUACAUACAAUGAAAAAAACUAGUAGUACUAAUAUUGAUGGAAUUUGACUAUGUUUCUUCGUA